GCCGGCCAUCUUGCGGCGGCUCUGGAUGAUCCGCCCUGCAGGUUGCGGAAGCGUUGAUUCGGCAGUGGCCUGCGGCUUCGUGCGGAAAGCUGCUUUGCUAAUGAGAAGUGGAGGGCUGGGGGAGUGGCCCGGAAAUCCUGUGAGGUAAGGGGAGACCGGCUUCCCCAUAGCAGACAGUAGGGAGCAAUCUGAACUAGGAAAAAGAGAUGGAGGAAUACAUUACCAACUAGUGACCCAUCUAUUGAGCAGGACUUCAGCUUGCUGAGUGAGAAUAGGACUUCUGGUCAGGAGAAGCACUCACAAUGUACUCGGAAUGGAGAACACUACAUCUUGUCAUUAAAAAUGACCAGGGUCACACCAGUGUGCUACACAGCUACCCUGAGAAUGUGGGCCGUGAAGUUGCAAAUGCAGUCGUCAGACCUUUGGGGCAGGCUAUUAACUCUCUGACUAAUAGUGAGAGCAUAUUAAAAACCGAUAAAGAGGUGAAAUGGACCAUGGAGGUGAUAUGUUAUGGUCUUACGUUGCCACUGGAGGGAGAUACAGUGAAGUUCUGUGUUGAUGUAUAUACAGAUUGGAUUAUGGCUCUUGUAUCUACAAAGGAGUCCAUCCCCCUACCUGUCAUCAAAGAGCCCAACAUGUAUAUUCAACUUAUACUGAAGCACCUCCAGAACCUUUUUGUGCCAAGGCAUGAGCAAGUGAGCAGCCAGAUCAGGCUCUGCCUUCAAGUGCUGAGAUCCAUUCAGAAGCUUGCCCGAGACUCAACCCACAUGGCUCGUGAAACAUGGGAGGUUCUGCUCCUUUUUCUACUGCAGAUAAAUGACACCCUAUUGGCUGCUCCUACUGUGGCAGGGGGGAUUGCAGAGAGUCUAGCUGACAAACUUAUUGGGGUCCUGUUUGAAGUCUGGUUCUUGGCAUGUACUCGCUGCUUUCCAACGCCCCCUUAUUGGAAGACUGCCAAAGAAAUGGUUGCCAAUUGGAGACACCACCCUGCUGUAGUAGAGCAAUGGAGCAAAGCUAUCUGCGCGCUAACCUCAAGGUUGCUUCGCUUCACCUAUGGUCCAUCGUUUCCUCCCUUUAAAGUGCCAGAGGAAGAUGCUAAUCAAAUUCCAGCUGAGAUGGAUAAUGAAUGUGUGACACAGACCUGGUUUCGUUUCCUCCACAUGCUAAGCAACCCUGUGGAUUUAAGUAACCCUAGCAUCAUAGGCACAACACCCAAAUUUCAGGAACAGUUUCUAAAUAUAAGUGUGGGGAACCAGGACGUGAACCAGUACUCUUGCCUCAAGCAGUUGCCUCAGAUCUUCUUCCGAGCCAUGCGUGGAGUCAGCUGUCUAGUGGAUGCUUUCCUAGGAGUUGCUGUGUUUAAGAACAUUGGGUGUGACAGACUGCCCAAAUAUGGAAUUUCACGCCCAAGAGCCGACAGUGCCCCACCUACUCCAGGGAACAGGCUCAGCAUACCUCAAAGUACAGCUACAAAUACCACUCCUCCACGCAGCCGAGGGCAUCGAGCAGUGACUGUGAACAAGCCCAAUAUGAAACCUGGUGUGGUAAAUACCACCCAUGGCACAAAAGUUCAACAUCAGGCAUCUUCCACCUCUCCACUAUCAAGCCCAAAUCAAACCUGCUCUGAGCCAAGACCUCUGCCUGCUCCCACACGACCAAAAGUCAACAGCAUUCUGAACCUAUUUGGCUCGUGGUUGUUUGACGCAGCUUUAGUUCAUUGCAAGUUGCAAAACGGUGUGAACCGUGACAGCAGUAUGACAGCAUCUUUUAUCCAAAUUCUUCUUUCUUAUAAAUCUUCAGCUUUGGCUACCCAAACAGCGAUGGAAUUUCGCCGCAAAGGCUCCCAGAUGUCCACGGACACCAUGAGCUCAAACACAGUGUUUGAUGCUAAUGAAUUCCCAGAGAAUUAUGAUGCAGGAAGAGCUGAGGCCUGUGGAACCCUAUGUCGAAUAUUCUGCAGCAAGAAAACUGGAGAAGAGAUACUAUCUGCAUAUCUUUCCAGGUUUUACAUGGUUUUAGUUCAAGGUCUACAGAUUGGAGAUUUCAUCUGCCAUCCUGUUCUGGCUAGUGUCAUCCUCCACUCCUCUCCUCUGUUUUGCUGUGACCUCAAAGGGAUUAACGUGGUGGUUCCUUACUUUAUAUGCGCACUUGAAACCAUUUUGCCUGACAGAGAGCUUUCAAAAUUCAAGACCUUUGUAAAUCCUACAGAGCUAAGGAAAUCGUCUAUCCACAUACUGUUAUCACUACUGCCUUUGCCACAUCAUUUUGGGAAUGUGAAAUCAGAGGUUUUGCUUGAAGGAAAGUUUAGUAACGAUGAUGGUACGAUCGGUGAUAAACCAAUGACUUUCCUGUCAUUGAAGCUGAGACUUGUCAAUAUCCUUAUAGGAGCACUACAGACUGAAACUGAUCCCAACAACACACAAAUGAUUCUUGGUGCAAUGUUGAAUAUUGUCCAAGAUUCUGCAUUUUUAGAAGCCACUGGUAAUCAGGUUGAAAUGAUGGAAAAUAAUCUGUUGAAAAGCCAUAGCAGAACAAACAGUGGUAUCAGCACAGCUAGUGGGGGCAGUACAGAGCCCACUACUCCUGACAGCGAACGACCAGCACAGGCACUUCUGCGGGACUAUGCUCUUCAUACAGAUACAGCAGCUGGACUUCUUAUGCGCAGUAUCCACUUGGUCACCCAGAGGCUGAACUCACAGUGGAGACCAGAUAUGAGCAUUUCAUUGGCUGCCCUAGAGCUGCUAUCCGGACUGGCCAAGGUUAAGGUGGGCAUUGAGUCUUCAGAUAGAAAGAGAGCUGUGAGCUCUGUUUGCACAUAUAUUGUCUAUCAGUGCUCACGACCAGCUCCACAUCACUCCCGCGAUCUGCACUCCAUGAUCGUGGCUGCCUUCCAGUGCCUGUGUGUCUGGCUCACUGAGCAUCCAGACAUGUUAAAUGAAAAGGACUGUCUGAAGGAGGUAUUGGAGAUUGUAGAGCUAGGUAUAUCUGGAAGCAAGUCUAAGAACCCUGAACAGCAAGAGGUGCGCUACAAAGGUGACAAGGAGCACAAUCCAGCCUCCAUGAGAGUGAAGGAUGCUGCAGAAGCCACAUUAACAUGUAUCAUGCAGUUGCUUGGGGCAUUCCCCCCUCCCAGUGGCUCUGCUUCCCCUUGCAGCUUAGUGAAUGAGACAACGUUGAUUACUUUCUCACGUCUACCUACUGUAAGCAAGUACAGCUUCCGAUACUUCGUCCUUGAUAAUAGCGUAAUUCUGGCCAUGUUGGAGCAACCUCUAGGGAACGAGCAGAGUAGCCCGAGUCCUUCCAUCACAGUUCUCAUUCGUGGGAUGUCUGGUCGCCAUGCAUGGUCAAUGCAACUGUGCCAUUUGCCUAGAGCGGCGAGAGCCCAUCAAAAAAUGUUUACGCCUGAAACAAGGCCAGAGCAUAGAAAUGAUGUGGGCAUCAAGCACUGUGUAAAGCAUCGUCCAUUUCCAGAGGAGGUAGAUAAGAUCCCCUUUGUUAAAGCAGACCUGAGUAUUCCUGACCUGCAUGAAAUAGUUACUGAAGAGUUGGAAGCGAGACAUGAAAAACUGAAGAUUGGGAUGGCCAACCAGAUAACAUAUGAAACUACACUGGAUCACCUGAAGGAGGAGGAGUGGAAGAAGAAAAGCUACCCGGAUCCCCUGACUGAGUGCAAACCUCCUCCACCAGCUCAAGAGUUCCAGACUGCACGCCUGCUGCUCUCACACUUUGGUUUUCUUUCUCUUGAAGCACUGAAAGAACCUACAAACAGUCGUCUACCUCCUCACCUUAUUGCACUUGACCCUUAUAUUCCUGGAUUUUUUGAUGACAUUGGGUAUCUGGAUUUGCUUCCCUGUCGCCCAUUUGAUACAGUUUUCAUAUUUUAUAUGAAGGCAGGACAGAAAACAAGUCAAGAGAUACUGAAGAAUGUUGAGUCUACUAGUAAUGUACAGCCCCAUUUUCUGGAGUUCCUGUUGUCUUUAGGCUGGCCCGUUGAUGUGGGAAAACACCCAGGAUGGACAGGUCAUGUUUCCACAAGCUGGUCAAUCAACUGUAUCAGUGAGAAUGACCAGCAAGAGCAAGAUGAUCCGCUAUUCUCUGUGGAUACAGGCGGAAGCAUAUUCAAUGGGGAGAAGAAAGUUCUAUAUUAUGCUGAUGCUCUGACUGAGAUUGCUUUUGUGGUUCCAUCAACAGUAGAUUAUAUGGGGGAAUCAUUAGAAAGUAAUGUGUCAGAAUUUGAAGGUGACUCAAAGAUGGAUCUUCUGUCUGGAAUAUGGAAACAACCCUUAACACUAGAACUUUUCAAUAACCAUACAGACAGCCUAAAUUCCACACAAAGGUUGAGUCCUACUAGUCGCUCAAAGAAGUUACCUCAUGGCCGAAUUGUCCCACCCAUGGGACCUGAGACCAAGGUGGCAGUGGUGUGGUUGGAGCAGUAUGAUGAUUUAGAAAACUUCCCUUUGUCUGACUUGUCAGCAGAGAUCAGCACUGGAAUUGAGACCACCACAAACAGCAACACAUCCAUACGAAAUAGCACGCCAGAGAAGGAAGUUCCGGUUAUAUUUAUUCACCCUUUAUACACUGGACUGUUCAGGGUUAAAGUUCACGGAGCUUCCGGGAAAUUCAACAUGGUGAUACCUCUGGUUGAUGGAAUGGUAGUUAGUAGGAGAGCCCUUGGUUUCUUAGUGCGACAGACAGUAAUCAAUAUUUGCAGAAGGAAAAGACUUGAAAGUGACUCCAACACUCCACAUGUUCGGCGGAAGCAGAAAAUUACAGAUAUAGUCAAUAAAUACAGGAACAGACAAUUGGAGCCCGAGUUUUACACUUCUCUGUUUCAUGAUGUUGGACUGAAAAGCUGCUCCCCUUAAACCAAAGCCCCCUUUUGGGGGUACUUGAUUUAGGACUAUUCUUAAGGGACGUCUCCAGCAAAGCCUGGAAACCAAAAAUAAGAGCCAGUGCACUGAAUAGCUGAUCCUUCUAACCACUUUGCUGUUACAAAUUCAUAAGGUGGCCUUGGAUUAACGGAAUGCUUGUGCGAGUAUAGAUUGAUACAAACCACCCACAUAGAUUCUUCUUAUAUGCUGCAUGUGGAUCUUCAGCACAGAUCACCUGUUCAAGUACUGGAGGAUAUGGUCUCUCCUGGCUCUAAUUUAUAAGAAGGGGUGUUCCUUCUGGAUGUGAACCCUCCUCACAUGCCAAGGCAUGCCUCAAAUUCAUGAUCUCUAGCCAUAUUGGAUUUUUGAAGAGCUGGACUGGGUGGUAGUGCCAUUGACCAAUAUACAAAUGUUCCUGUUUUGUGAGAUGGUAUACUUGCUCUUCUUAAAACCUUAAUUCCCUUCUCCUGUUGAUUAGUGGGUUCCUAAAGAGGAGCUUUUUUGGAGCUUCAAGGACAAACCUCUCAAUCUGUAUGCAAUCUUUAUUUUUAAUACAUAGCUGCACAAACAUUUAGUUUCUUGUCAAUUUUGUUUGCCACACAAUGCAUACAAACCUUCUGUUUUGUGUAUGCAUACAUCUGUUUUGUAUUUUUAAUCAAUUAAAAUCUAUUCAACUUUUUAGCAUUCUGAAUAAUCAGUGAAAAGAUAGCCUUUCUUUAUUUUAUAUAAACUGAGACAAGCAUUUGUGGUGCAAAACUUUCAGACUCUUUUUAAAAGCACUGAUUACUUUCUUGCAUUGCUCUUUGUUUUAAUAUAUUAUCAAUAUUAUCACCACUGUUUAUUUCUCCCUUCUAUCUCCACUAUUAAAUAGGCAGUGCCUAAUGCAUGACAUUAUAUUAAAGUCCACUUUAAAUUUCAUAUGCUAGAAGUUACAGCAGCUACAUUUGUAUUUUAUUUAUUUUUUUUAAGUUUAUUGAAGUGUUGCAAUUGAAGGGAUAUUCCUCACAAAUGUCUAUAUAAUCAGACAUAUUUUUCCUCACAAAUGUCUAUAUAUUCAGACAUAUUUUUCCUCACAAAUGUCUAUAUAAUCGGACAUAUUUUUUGUUUUUAAUGCUCAUGUAUGGAGGGAUUGUAGACUACCUACACUGAAAAGAUUUGUUUUUAUUAUUAAUUUUGCAGGGCAAAUUAAAAAUAUUGCAUAAUAAUUAAAAUGUUGAUUCAUUGGACAUAAUGGCUGCAGGUUAGCCUAGCUCAGGUAGCUAGUUGAGAGCUGAAUAUCAGGAGAUAUUGUAAAUUUUUCUUUAUUAAUUUAGAUUUUAUUUUUCAUUUUAAUGUCACCCCAAAAAAAUAUUAAUAGUUGUGGGUUUUUUGUUUGUUUUUAAAGGUUAUUAACAGAAAUAUCAUAGUUAUCAUUCUAGGCCAAACUGUUAGUGUUCUGAAAGUUAUGAUUGCUUAAAUUGUUGUUCACCCCUUGAGCGGAGGACUUUUUUUCUUCUUUUUUUUUCUUCUUUUUUUUUUUAAGCAUUCAGACUUUUGAAUAGCUGUAAAUUAGCAGUAUAACCAUUAAACAUAUUUUGCAUUAAAAUCUUUUUUUUUUUUCUUAGAUGCACAUUUACAAAUGCACACUAGCUCACAAGUUUUUCUUGAAGCAUAGGCAGUACUUUUAACACCCACAAAGAAAUACAGUGUCAAUACUGGUAGCUUAAUUGAUAAAAUGCAUAAUAAAUAUUAUCAUGGGGGGCAGUGUUUCUAUAUAAAAUUUUGAGUUUUUACUGCAUAAAUGUAAUACUGUAUUAUCCAUAUUUGGGUGUGAGGAAAGACUGUUUUGUCAGGCUUGUAUUCCACUAUGGAUCUUUUAAUGUGCGUAAACAUUAUAAGUUUGUUUUGUACUUCAACAAGGCUAUUAAUUGUUUGAUUUUUUUUUUAUUAUUAUUACACCAAAAAUAUGUCUUCUGAGAUUAUAUUGAUUUUUCAUUUAUUACACUUAUUGUUAGUAAUCAUUGUCUAAAUAUCUUGUUUCACUACACACUAAACAUCACAGCAUUGUGAAGACAUUGGCAUUUUGUGGCAAGGAUUUCUCAUCUAGUGUUUAAUUGGCUGUACUAUUUUUGUUUUCCCCAUAGAAUACAUAUCAGAUUUUUUUAUCUUUGAGGGCAGGUCCCUCUAUAGUAAUGAAUAGUUGAUUUAAGACCACUUGUUUGGGGGGGGUUAACUUCAAUCAAGACUUAUUUCCAAAAUAAAUGUUUGUUGUCUAAAAUUAUUUUAUUUCCUUUGCUGAAUUUCUUGCUAAAGCUUCAUCCUACUAAAGCAGGGCAUAACAAUUGAAUGUCCUGUAUUCUGUUUCCCGCACAGUAAUUUUAAACAUUUUGUAAAUUCGUUCCAGAUAUUUCAUAUUUUAAAAGAAUGCAUUAUCCUAAAACGAUUUCCAGUUUUCCUUAUACCAUAAUUUGCUACUGCUGAACUGUAGCUUUUGUUCUCAAAAGACAGUUGGUGUGUUUUCAAGUCAUGUACAUUCUAUGAAUUUCUGUGUGCUGCUGAGACACAUUUUUUAUUUUUCUUAUUGUAUUUUUCUGUAAAUAGGAUGUUGGCUCAGAGUUUUUAAGGCACUGUAAAUAAAAGAAGAUGUGGCUUUGUGUCCCAGGUUUGCUGUCUCUCUCCUGUUAAAGCCACAAAAUAGGCAUAGUUCUAUUCAUGCCAGUAUCCUUUAUUCCAAAAAGGAACACAUCAAAUAUUGAAUGUAUCACAUUUAGUCAAAUAAAUUUUAAAUGAAAUUCUUA